AUGGCGCCAGUCACAAAUCCGAGUUAUGAACCCGUCAGUCCCGUGGAGCCUGAACCACACUCGAUGAGGCGCGAGAGAGGGCCCCGUGGUCUGUCCAAGGCAGGCUCUCGGGUUACUGAGGUGCUGCCUUCUCCCAACGACUCUAUCUGGACUCUCCAAGACGAGCGACGGGUGAGGACGCCGCCAGGAAGGCAUGGCGAAAAGGCUGAAUUGAAGCUGGGGAUGAUGGAACGGCUCGAGGAGACUUGGAUAUGGGAGACGCUGGCCCUCGUCUGGGCACUCAUGUGCCUCGCGUCAGUAAUUAUUGUCCUGGCCUUCAUUUCCGGCAAAUCGGUCUCCUCGUGGAGGAUGCCGAUCGGGCCCAACGCACUGGUCGGUGUGUUUUCCACUCUCUCCAAGGCCGCGUUGAUGACGGUUAUCCCGGCGUGCAUAUCGCAGCUCAAAUGGAUUCACUUCUCCCAGUCCCCCAGACGCCUCAUCGACAUGCAGGCCUAUGACGAUGCGAGCCGCGGGCCGUUUGGCUCGCUACUCUUCUUACACGGUCUGAUACUGAGAAGGGGAAGAUCGAAAGUGUCCGCCUUGACCGCGGUGGGCUGCUUCAUCACCAUCGUGGCCCUGGCACUUGAGCCCUUCACGCAGCAGAUUAUCAGCUUCCGCAUUCGGGAAAUCGAGCUCGGCGAUGGCCAAGGAACUGCGAGUCUGGCUGUGGCCACUGCUUAUGACACCGGGGCUAUCACCAAGUCCGGCACUUGGAGACGAGAGGUCAUGGAUCAGUCUAUGCAGGGCGCCAUUCUGGCCGGCAUCUUCUCGCAGACCAUCGACACAGGCGCCUACGAACAGUGCUCGACGUCGAAUUGCUCGUGGCCUGUCGCCAGUUCCCUAAGCAUCUGCUCCUCCUGCCAGGACGUAACAGCCUCGACAACCAAGAACUGCAGCGGCACGCAGGCGACAACGGGCCAGGUUUGCAACUACACAACGCCUGCAAAGAAUGAACUUUCGGCGAAGAGAGGGCCCGCGGGGAGCGCGACCUACUAUGCCACAUAUAUCGACACAUCAGCUAGCUUUGGCAGCAACAUGGACGACGGAACUCCGGCGAUAAUCCGCAGCGUCGCCAUGCUUCGAGCGCAGGACCCCAAAAACAUGACAGCCUCGGCGAAGAUUUACAAUGCCCAAAUUGACGAGUGCCAUUUCUACUGGUGCAAGAUAACUUACAAUGAGAACCGCAUCUUCGCAAAUGGCUCGCGGAUUUCCGAGACCUCAAGGGAACUCCUCAAUUGGGGUAAGUUCAUCGGUGUACCCAAGAUGACAGUCAUCGACAAAGAGAAUACAACCUCCUACCUCAUCAACGCGAUCGAUUCCUCCGGCAUCGCUCGCAUGCUCCAGUCCCUCUUCUCUACAUCCCUCAUCUACCAGGACUUCCAGAACUCGGUGGAGACGGAAUUUAGCAUCGCGCAGCUCCUGUACAACACGGCCAACUUCUCCAGCCUGAUGGAGUACACCGCGUCGAGCAUGUCGGCUAGACUACGCUCAGGCAGCAACAGCAACUUCACCCACGUCCAGGGCACCGUCAUGCAUACCGAGACCUAUAUCCAUGGGUGUGUCUCGGGCAUGGAACGGGUUGCCGUGGAGAAGACUGCUCUUUGCGACGACUUCAUCAAGGAGAGGGGGUACGAUGAUGCGGAGGGUAAUCAUGAGUUGAGGAGACGAUCUAGCUGA